AUGAAAGCAAAUACUGUCUCUGACCAGUAUUAUGGCUCUGCUUCAGGACAUGGUGAGAAAGGACAACCUUGUGUUGAAAGAAAUGAUUUCUUUCCUUCUGCUUCUUGCUAUGCAUCUAUAAUAUCACACCUCCUUAGCCAGCCAGAAGCUAAAUCUGAGUUGAUUCCAAGUUUUCUUUUCCCUUCACUACAAAAAGCUCAACAGAUGUUCCAAAGUGGUGGAAAUGCUACAUCCUCCAGGGAAGCUUCUUCCAUGAAUCAGUUGCAUUCUCUGUACAGCUUGAGUAACUCUAUCCAUAAUGAACACCUACAAGCUAAGAGGGCCAGGGUGGAAAAUAUUAUCCGGGGAAUGAGCAUCAUACCAAACCCUACAGGGUCUGAUACCCCAGGGGAAAGUGGUGAACACCAUACUGAAAAAAUCAAGGAGGACUUUAGAGAGAAUAAGAGAAAGCAGAAACUCCCUCAGCAGCAAAGCUUGCAUGAGACUUCUUUGACAAGAUGUUGCAGAAACCGCAUCCCACCAGAAGAAUACCUUCAGCUGAAAAAACAGCUCCAUGUUUUGCAGCACCAGCUGAAGCAACUUCGAGAAAGCUUACCUCUGUCUUCUGGGCUCAGUGGAUCCAGUCAAAGCCAAGGAAACAUGGAGAAGAUGAUGGAUCUGAUGAAGGAGAAGAUUGGACAAAGUUUGGACAAUGGUAAUCAAGCUGCCAUAAGUGACCAACACAAAGAUCUUUUGCAGAAACGUAUCUCCAAGAUGAGAGGACCAGAGUUGUCAGAGAAAGAAACAGGAAUAAUGGAUUCAAAUACCUCAGCUUCAGAAGAUAAACCUCUUUCAGAGUUAUUAAAACAUGAGUUAAUCCAGGUGGUGACACAGGCUGUGGACUCUGUUUUGAAAAAGGUCUCAUCUCAGUCAGAGGGCCUCCAAUCUCAGUUGCCCAAUGGGCUGGAGGUGACCAUGUCCCCUAUUGGGAGAGAAUUUGUAGGUGCUGGAGAAAAUGCAUCCAGUCCAUGGCUUCUUAAGGGUUCUCCUCAUAAAGGCUCAAUAUCAUUAACCACAGAAAAACCUCCAGGCUUUCCUAGUCAUCUAGUCCCAUCAAAAAGGGAGCCAAAACGUUGCCAACUACUGCCUGUGAAUCAUCCUAUAAUCGUGAACUCAUCUGAGGUUCAAGGAAGUGGUCUUUUUAACCAAAUGCUCCUCUGUGGUCAAAAUAGUCCCUGGGGCAGCUCGUCUCCAGGAACAGUCUCUUCUUCAGAAUCCUCAGAUAUGCCAUGGCAACCAAUCAAACUGAGGUCAUCUGUCAUGAGACAACACCGCUAUCCAAUGUCCUACAAAUCCAUUGAAAUGGAAAGUUUGACCUCUCUGCCUGCAUCAAAUGCAGAGUUUGCUGAAAUGCACCCUAUGAUGGACGGGGUGUACUUUCCUUCAACACAUAUCCAGGAAGCUUUAAACCCAAGCCAUCUGAAAAAGGCUAAGCUGAUGUUCUUCUUCUCUCGCUACCCAACAUCUUCUCUACUGAAAGCCUACUUCCUAGAUGUUCAGUUCACCCGCUGUGUCACUUCCCAGCUCAUCAAAUGGUUCAGCAACUUCCGUGAAUUUUAUUAUAUCCAGAUGGAAAAAUUUGCCCGGCAAGCCCUCUUAGAAGGAGUCACGGAUACCAGUAACCUCAUUGUCACGAGGGACUCUGAGCUCUUCCGAAUCCUCAACGUGCACUAUAAUAAAGGGAAUGAUUUUGAGGUUCCCAGUGGUUUCCUGGAUGUUGCCAGCCUGACCCUUCAGGAAUUUUUUACUGCUGUAAGGGCAGGGAAGGAUCUGGAUCCUUCUUGGAAAAAAUCAAUUUACAAAAUAAUAUCAAAGCUCGAUAGUGAGAUACCAGACAUAUUUAAAUCCACUUGUUGCCCCAAGGAGCUGAUUCAAGGUUAA